CUUUGACAGGGCCAGCGCAGCAUGUACUCUAAAGGCAAGGCGAAUACCGUGCCUUCUGAUGCCCAGGCACGCGAAAAGUAAGCUUCGUUUGAUUUUUCCUGCAAAAUGGAUGUCAGAAAUGGAAUCAGCGUGUCCGAAAAUGGGGGAAGAUGUUUUAUAUUUCGACCCAUCGCGGGCGAAUUUCGAAACUUUCACCGCCGGUCUGAGCUCGGCUUUGUGUUUAGGAAACUGUCCUAUGUGUCUGUACAUUGAUGAAGCGUAAAUGGUUUAUCGCCCGUUUUCGUUCCUUCGCAGGCUGGCCUUGUACGUAUACGAGUAUCUUCUUCAUGUUGGAGCACAGAAGAGCGCACAGACUUUUCUAAACGAGGUAAACUUGAUCAGAAGUCGACUCGCAUUCACGGAGAGUAUGCAAGUUUUAAGCUUUGUGCGAUCCGCGACGCGAACUACGCGCAUCGCGUCGCUCGAUUGUUACACGCGAAUGAAACACUGAAGUAUGGUUGAAUUCCCUUUCAGAUAAGAUGGGAGAAGAAUAUAACGCUAGGAGAACCGCCAGGCUUUCUCCAUUCGUGGUGGUGGUAAGUUUUGCCAAUGACUGAACUAAUUAGAGAGUUGUUGAUUCGAAUUUUAAACUAGGUCCUCAUUACUCUGUUCAGAAGAAUAAAUGAUAGCUACGUUUUUUAAUAGUCGUUUAUGCCCAACACUGCCAUAUUUUAUUUUCCACUCUUCUAAACUGUGCUUCUUGGAGCUUCAUUAACCUUUCUCUGCGAUUUAACCGUAGUUGUUUUUUUAAUUUCCCGCCCAAAUUAUCCCUGCUCGUUGCAUUUGAUGUUAGUGUCUUUUUCCUUUCUUGUUGCAGUGUGUUUUGGGACUUAUAUUGUGCUGCUCCCGAGAGAAGGGACAGUUGUGAUCACUCUAGUGAAGCAAAGGCCUUCCACGAUUAUGUAAGAGCAAAUAUGUAUUUAUGUAGUAAGCUUUCGAUAUAAUUUUAAGCGAGAUCUUUGCGAGCGAACGAUUAUACGUUCUGUUGAUGCGUACACCAUUUUUGUCACGCUACAUCAGUGUAUUGUUACAUUUCCACGCGCGCAAAUCUGUCUCGAUCACCGAUUUGAAACAUUCUUCUCGUCGCUGGUAUUGUUGUGGGUGCAACUAGAUUUAACUAGGCUCUAGUUAAAUCUCCAAUGAGCUGCACUCUUGCGUUAAAAAGCGAAGAAACACGCGCAGUUAAAAUGGUGUGUUUUUCGUACACUACAUCCAAGAAUUUCCAACACUUGAAUCGUUUUGCCCGCUGUCAUAACCUUUCAGCGAAAAUGCAAACCCAUUUCGUGGUAAUUUUAGCUUUACCCUGUGUAAAACGUAACUGAUAUGCUAUCGACUCUCUCGAACUGUUGCAUGUUAAGCGUAACGUUCUACAGCGUUAAGAAUAUUUUUAUUCAACCGAUCUUUUUAGAGUUGAGGCUUUUACUCGGUCAAUAUUCAAAUUCCUAUCGAAGGCGCGCUGGUUAAUUUUUUAUCGAAGACGGGAUAUAUUGUGUCAUGUAAAGGAUAGGGAAACAUUUUGAUUUAGUACGCUUCGCAAUUUUUCAAAAGGUCGAACUGGUUUCGUCCGCGUUAUGCUUUUUUGAAGAUCUUCUACUUUUACCUUUGAAUGCUUUACUUGAACAAAGGUCUUUGUCAUCGCCACCAGUUGCAUUUAGGACACACAUUCUAAAGUUUUAGCUCUCUUCAAAUUUAUUUGACUGGAGAUUACAGAUCGCUCCACUCGAUGAUGUUGUCUUUUUUCUCAUGUGAUUGAAUGUUCUUAUUCUAGUCAUUUUAAAUCCCGCGUUACCGCUUGAAUAGAUCUCGGUGAAUGCUCAUGAACACAGCUUUUGAAUAAAUUACCCGAGGUUAUAGUUACGACAUGAUCGAGUCGCUAGUCAGGUGUAGGCGUACGAGAUAUAUAUUCUUUAUACAGAACGAAAUCACAAUGAAGAGCGUCAGUUUUCAUCAACGAUUAAUAAACCGCUUAGUCCGUGCUAAGACGCGAGAAGGAAAGAUCAAUCGAAGGAUUGAUCGAUCGAUGCUUCGAAACCACGAGACCGCGCCGUGGACGAAUAUUUUGUGUUGAUAAACUGUGGGGGAGAUACGUAUUGAGGUUUCCCAAAAUUUGCAUAAUUUCAGGAAGGAAUGGUAUUUUUUCGUCACAUGAUAGAGCUUUCAGCUUGCGCGAGCGCCAUUUGAGAAAAGCAAAGCGAUGAAAUCCUUCCCUACAGAGCCGAUCAGACGUUCGCAAGUUGUUUUGAAAGCGAUUAUUCGACCAAUUUCAUGUCGCACGCGCGAUAAGCGUAGCCCGACAGUGUGUAGAUAAUUUGAAUAUACAUGGCCAUAAAUAGCCCAGAUUUUUAUUUCCACGACACUGACAAAACGGAAUACACGUCAUGGGUGGCCGGUCGAACUUAAAGCAACACUGUUUUUCUGUCGUUUAAGUACAAAGUCUGACAAGUGAAGUGUCUGUACAAGAGAGGUUUUGGGUGAUUUUAUAGGCUUCGUACUCGCGCCUUGGCAGGUGUUGAGUUUCCAAAACUCACCCAUUCCCGUCAAAAGUUUCCCCAAAAUGCUAUUGUCUCGGAACCUAUGAGCUCGCUGAUCCAACGAUAAACUGUUGUUAAAUUUAGCGCAUGGCCUCUUCUGUUUUUUGAGCAAACAAUACAAUCCAAUUUGGCGUGAUUUCUUGAUUUUUGCUGUCGGCCUCUCAAUAAGCUCGUGCUUGAAAUAGUUUCAGAAAGAAAUGCCAUGCUUUCAAGAUUUUCAUUGUUUAGACAAGGAUUGUGAGAAUACGAGUCCUUUGGUGGUUGAUGACAACAAAAUUGACAGUCUUGUAUUGUAAAUGUAUUUUGGUGACAGGGAAUUGUUUUUAAAGAUAAAAUCACUGCAACCGAUGCUUUAGUGGGUUGGUUAUAUAUCUGUGCUUUCUUGAAAGGAUUGUACAGUGAACUUCUACAUCUGAAUGGGACAAUUAGAGGGAAAUAAAUGUUUUAUCUUUUUGAUGUAUUAUGUAAGAUGUGUUGUUUCAAAUCUAAGUACUCUGAAUUUCCUGUCGAAAGUAUGAUUUCUAAACAAAAUACUUGGUAUGUACAGUAAAAAUAUCUGAAUUCUCUUUUUCUGGUCCCAUAUGAAGGUCUUUUUCACAGUUGGAAGAAUUUGAUGAUAUAUCAAAAUGAAGUUGUCAACCUUCAGUCUCAAAAGAAGUUUUGCUUCGCUAUGGAUAUUGUUUAAAAAGUGUAAACAUUGAAUGUCUGAGACUAUAGUUUUGCAGUUUGCAGUACAAAUCUUAAACGUUUUUGGAAUCUUUGGGUCCUUUGUGUAACAUGCUCUAGAUGAACCCUGAUUUCUUCAUAUCAUUUUAAAAAAUGUUUGGUUUUCACCCUUACAUUCUCAAUAUCUGAAUGCGAAUUCUCAUUACUAUCUGCCAUACCUCUCUUAUUUAAGUUUGUUGUAAGAAUUUGGUGCUGGAUCAUAUGAUAAUCGCCUUGUUAAAAUUUUUGGUUAUUCUCGUAACUUGGCUGUUUGAUAUUGUAUUGAUAUUGUAAGGAGAAGUAAUGGCUUGGUCACUUCUGAUGGUGAAAUUGUUUACUCAUAACCCUUAAACUCCCAGAAGUGAUUAACAUGAAAACUUCUUUCUAUAAUAAAGGGGUAAGUUUCUGAAGACACUGGGGUGCUGUGUUGGUGGGAGAGUAUAGCAGGUAAUUUAGUGUUAACAACUGAGUUGAAAAUGUAAAUUAGCCACCGUGAAGGGUAAAAAAGCUGAAAUUUCGAGCGUUAGCCCUUUGUCAGCUUUUUUACCCUUUACAGUGGCUAAUUUACAUUUUACACUCAGUUUUUAACAAUAAAUUACCUGCUUCUUUCUAUAAUAACCAUACAUUAUUCAGCAAACAGAUAAUGAGAAUAUUCAAACCUAUCAGGCAGAAGCUGCUAUCUGAUCUAGCACCAAGUUCUCAUGACUAAUUUACAAGGAAAUGUGUAGCAGCUACAGGGGAGAAUUAGCAAUCAAAUCUUAAGAGUUGAAGGGUUAACUGCAAUUUUCAUCAGUUGGUGCCUUUGUCGACAGAAAUUUAAUGCUCAAAGGACAACCUUUAUAAUGUUUUCUCAAUUACUCUAGCAGGGUCUGUUUCUCACCCCCCAAAAAAAACCAAAAAAACUAAAUUUGUAAAAUUUACUUUUGUCAUAAGCACGAUUUUAAAUUUUUAAGGAAAAAAUUUGGAAGGGAGCUCUGGCAAAAACAAUUUUAUUAUUGAAUGAUUUGAUUUUGUCCGUAACAGAUCUGAUGAUUUUAAAAUUUGCUCUUGUGACAAGUAUGAUUUAAAAGUUUUUUAAGGAAAAAUGUGAAGGGAGCUCUGGAUAAAACAGUUUUGUUUGAUUCUGUUAGUAUCAAAUCUGAUGACUUUGAACCUAAACCUAAACUUAAUUUGGUUUCAACCAUCUACCUCCAAAGUUCUGAUAAGAAAUUCUCGGUUGCGACACUUUAUUCUUUCCCCCGUAAAUUUGCGAAGAUAAUGCAUUAGUUUAUGAAGGUCAGACUCUCUUCAGGUUCCUGAUGAAUUUCUGUUUUCUCAUAACAAGUUUUCAGAAUAAAGUAUGAGAAUUGUUAGGAGAAAUGCUAUAUGACUAAAUUGGUAGAUAUAGAGAUUUCAUUGAAAUUUGGUAGAGUCGAUUCUUAUGAUGUAAAGCAGUAAAACUGAAAUUAUCAUAAGUUUUAAAAGGAACUGCAUGCUGUCCAAUUUCAUUUGCAUGGCAUGUAAACUUUCCUGUCACACUGUCCAUUUGUAAGCAUGGUACAUGAGCUGUUCGUCUGAUUUUCAAAUAGUGCUUUUGAUAGCCAAUCACCCGCAGGAAUUCGGUCUAGUUUUGAUUUGAGUUGAUAAACAUAAAACACAAAUUUUUACUUCCUCAGGUCAUCCCAAACCUUCAGCAAGGGGCUGUACCUUCCCCAGGAUUCCCCCAGAUGGCUACAGAUGGUCCCCCAGGGGGUUCUAAUAUGCCUGGAGGAAUGCCUCCUUACUUUCCGGUAAGCAGUGUUUUUGGUCUUGUACCUUUUCCUCUUGGAAAAACUCACCUAUAUAAUCCCUGGUUUGCUCCAUUCUGCACUCCAACAUUUUUCUUUAUCUUUUCCUUGCAGUCGUCACAACCACAAGCAUCGCCUCAUCAGCCUCCAUCACACCAGACCCCUCCUGGUUAUAUGCCUAAUCAGGUAAUUUUAAGGAUGUGUUUUAGCUUUCUGUCUCCUUCAAUUCAAUUGAAGAAGAUUGUCUUGAAGUGUUUAUCUUAAAGAAAUUUCUUAGUUAGGACCUUUUUGUGAUCAGUGUCACAUGAAAUUACAGCAUAGUAGCGUUCACCAAAGUUGUCACAUAUCAGGGGUUUAUCCACAGUGUAAAAUGUUAUAACCAUCUUGUACUUAACUGGCUUUUACUCCCAAGAUUUCAUUAGUAAUUCUCCUUUCUGCCUGCUGUACAAUUUGUUUGAAGUUAGUAUGGAGAAUUUGGAAUUGGAUCAACCAAUAAUCCCCUUAUUGAUGUUUUCCUUUAUUCUUAUUACUUGUCUGCUUGAUAUUGUACUGAUAGUGUAAGGAGAAAUUCUUUCUUGGUCACUAGUGGGACUUGAAGGGUUAAAAAGUAGAUUCCAUGUGGCAGUCUGUCUGUACAGUAACAGAUAACAGAAGAUGUCCAAAUGUGUUGAGAACCAAAAAGUGGCAUGGGAGGUGCAACCCUGUCUGUUACAGCAACAUAGAUUGUAUUUGUUUUUUGUAAUAAAAAAGCAUAAAAAUCAUUGAUGGUGAUAUCAGCUAUGUGUCUGUCCUCCAGUAGAUCAUAAGAAAGAACCAAUCAAAUUGUCAGCUUACUAUAUGUGUUAAAUGUUCGUCUAUAACAUGUUGUUAUGUAGUUGAUGUAGAAUUUUGCAACAUGAUGUCAGUUAUAACUCUUUGUUUGUAUCUUUUAUAGCCGCCUCAAGGAUAUAUGCCCAAUCAGGUAUGAAAACUUAACUCUUACACCCAAAUUUCAUUGCUAAUUCUCCACACUGUCAGCCUUACAAGUGCUAUACUGUUAGUUCAGAGAAUUUGGUAAUGGAUUAGCAAUAAUCCCUAAAGAAAAAGGCAAAGUUUUUCUUAACUCAGAAUGAUUCUCUGAGCAAAUUUAGUCACCAUUUUUUUUCCUCCACACACCAUGGUGACCAAAACUGAAGCACCUUGAAUAGCUGACAAGGUGAUCAAAAGCCAAUCAAUUCAGAGAACUUCUUUAUUUACUGGGUACAUAUAUUCCUGCUUAAUGUUUAGAUCAGCAAUGUUUGAAGUGUACUGAACAGAAUCUUUCUUUCUUGUUGCAUCUGACCUUGCCAUGUACUUUUUCUCUGCAGACACCAUAUGGUAUGUCAAGAUAUAACCCAGCAGCGAACAGACCUCCGAAUGUAAGGAUUCCAGGCCAGGUAAUUUUUUUCUCUGAGCAACCCAAUAUUGAAAGAGUUGUGCACCCACUUUGUCAAUGGUGUUGGAACGUAAGUGCAGUUAAAGCAGGGACAGGUAAGGUGGCAAUCUCCUUACCAGCAAGGAGGUGACCUUCACAACCAGGCUACAGCCCAAUCUAAUGGCGUUGCAGUAUUUCAUUGGGGGAAGGGGGAGGGAGUGAGGCAGUAGAACUCCUGGACACUGUUUCAGAGGGAGGAUAAUGCUAUCCAAUAGAGAAAUCACUUUUCAGCGGAUAAGUGUUCAAAAACAUUUAGUGAUAUUCACUAGUUAGAUAUUUUUUCAAGUGGAUAGCAAUAUCCACCCUUCAAACAACCAGGAUCAGCUUGCUUUAUGUUACUGAAAACCAGGAUGAGUUGCAGUGGAAAUGUCCAGGGCUGAUAAUCUCAAAGUCAUCAUGUAAGGGGCUAUUGGGAAUUUUUAAUGCAGUAUUUAAACAUGUAGUGGAUUUAUUUCAAAACCAGCUGAUGUCUGUUUUUGUUUUGUGAAACCUUGAAGCCUCCAGGAGGCGUGGCAGGUGUGCCAGGAGCGCAGCCGUUGUUACCAAGUACUAUGGACCCUACACGGCAGCCAGGCGGAUAUCAAGGUAAUGAUAAUCAUAUUUUGAAAAUGUUAUUUUGAGAAAUAGUAAUCUCUGAAAAACUGCCGAUAAACUGUAUAUAAACUCUUUUGUUUGUAUUUUUGAAACUUUUUUUAGCUGUUGGCCACCAUUGUUCUUUUGUCCCAUUGCAUGAGUAAAUUGUUCAUUCCUGAUAAGUGUAUUGGACAUUCUCACUUCCUUUACUAAUUCCUUUGAAAUUGUAUUUUUAGUAAUUGGUGACCCCGCCUAUUUUUUUUGGUUCUCUCCAUUAUUCCUUUACAGUGUAUUUCCUCCUUAGGAAAUGAUUGCAUUUCAAUCCUCUCACUCCCUUUCCUACAUGUGUACGAAGACUUUUUCCCCUCAGUUGUGGGCAACCACUCCCUAAUUUUUGGUAUUCAUUAUUUUAUUCCAUGGCAUGAUUUAACUUUUCCUCCUUAGAGAGAGUUUUUUUCUUCUUCCCUUACAUUUUCUGGUAUCUCCCUCAUGAAUUUGUGCAAGCCUUUUUGUCUUGGGUGCUUUUAACCAUCUAAACCCUAGGAGUGACCAGCUUGUAAUUUCUCCUUACAGUAAUAAAUCUGAAUUGUUCAGUAGAUCAUGUGAAUGUAAAGAAAAUGAAAGCCAAUGUAAGGGGCUUUGAUUGUUAAACAAAUUCUCCUUGUCAGUAUCUAAGGAAAUUAACAGAGAAGGGUGUAGAGAAAUGCAUAUUGAUCUUAAGGUGAAAAACGGUUUACUUUGUUUUGCCCUGGAAGGAUACUUUGACACCAACUUCACUUUGUUGUGUUUUGUUGACUUCCACAGGGCAACCAAUGCAAAUGAGCAGAAUGAACCAUCCUCGAGUUCCUGUUCCACCGGUGAGGAAACAAUAUAUUUUAGCAUCUUGCCAUUCUUGUAAAAAUACAGGGUAUUGUUUGGCAUGAAAUUGUUAGUGGGUCUUGUAUUUGUGGUUUGGUGAAUGGUACCCAGUUUUGCAGAAAGAAGGUGAAAAACUCUGCCAAUCAUGUCAACUUAUUUGUUACAAUUUUCAAAAACUCCUCGUCUCUGCAGUCAUCUUAACUUUUAAAAUGUUCCCUCUGCAAAACACAUAAAAUAUGGCAAUUUCCAAAUUAUAACUUGUGCGCACUCCAUGCUACAUAGCAGUUAGCACUCUCAAUGUAUAUAGUGUUUGGCUAUUUCUCAUUAAUUGUAUUAGUAAAUAGUAAGUAAAUGUACCUAAAUCUAACCAACCAAUCUUGUUAUCUUACUUUCAGAACUAUGGUGGGAUGAGACCCCCACCAAACAGCUCAGUAGCGCCAGGCGUCAACAUGCCCAUGUAAGUUGUUAAAUCUUUGAAGCUUGGAAAAAAAUCUCUUGGGGUGCUGUUCAUUACAGCCUGUACAUGUAAAUAUGAUAUACUGUGAACAGAUUCCAACAUGGGUAACAAAGAACCCACUCAAGUUUGCCUUACCUCCAAUAUGUGGCUGAUUAGCUCAUAGAGUAGUUGUGCUACUUUUAGAUUCUAAUAGGCUAAUUUUCAAAAAUGAUCCUUGUAUUUGUGCAAACUUCCUUUUCUGUGAUUUCUUUAAUGGCAGUUCACCUGUCCUAAACUCAUUAUCUAAGAUUCUGAUCAGAUGAUCAAAUUUAGAUGGAGUUAAAAAAUUGCUCAAUUUUACAGAACAAAUAACAGUUUUCAGAUCAUUGAGAAGUGUUUUAUGUGCAUUAAUUUUUCAUAGGCCUGGUAGUAGACCCUGGAAUCCUACAACAUCGGUAUGUAUAGCUGUAGCAAAGCUUUGAAGAUAAAUUUAGCGAAUGUCACCUGAACCUAAUUCACAUGAGGUUACACACAUUCAGUAUCUUAAAAGUGUAGUUGUUGUUGAACAAGUUGAAUCAGGACUGCUUAUACUGCCCAUUCAACCCAUAAAAUCAUUCAGUUUUUUCUUUUUUUGGGGGGGGGGUUGUAAGUCAUGUUUAAAGUGAAAAUUACAGCUUGUUAUUUGAUUUGAUUCUAUUUCUAUUUUAAAAUGUUACAUUACCAUACAAACAGUGCAAUUAAGAACAACACAUUACAACCAGAAACCAGAAAUCAUAACUUACACACGUACACUUAAACUUGCUUGUGUUACAAGUCAUCUACUUGUGGUACAAAUCACUUACUUGAGGUACAAGUCACUUACUUGAGAUAGAAGUCACUUGUGGUACAAGUCACUUAGCUGAGGUACAAGUUACUUACUUGAGAAACAUGUCAAUUACUUGAAGUACAAAUCAGUUACUUGAAGUACAAGACAUUUACUUGUGGUACAAGUCACUUGAGAUAUGUCACUUGAGAUACUAGUCAGUUACUUGAGGUACAAGUCAGUUAGUUGAGGUACAAGUCAGUUAGUUGAGGUACAAGUCACUUACUUGAGAUACAAGUUCCCUAGUUGAGAUACAAGUUCCUUACAUGUGAUACAAGUCACUUACUUGAGAUACAAGUCACCUAUUUGAGGUACAAGUCACCUAUUUGAGGUACAAGUCACUUGAGAUACAAGUCACUUACUUCUGGUACAAAUUACUAACUUUAGAAACAAGUCACUUAGUUGAGAUACAGGUCACCUGUUGUACAAGCUACUUACUUUAGAUACAAGUCACUCACUUAUGGUACAAGUCCCUUACUUGAGAUAUAAGUCACUUAUCUGAGGUACAAGCCACUUACUUGAAGAACUUCUUGUUUCAGGUCUCAGGUCCUCCCGGAACACCAAUCAUGCCAUCUCCUCAAGGUUGGUUUUUAAAUCUUUUAUAUCUUGCAAGUCUGUGUGUGUGCAAUGUGUUUAGAACAGAAAAAUUGAAUAAUAUACUUGGACAGGAAAACAUUAGAAAUGUGUUAGUUAAUAUUUGUUGAUGUAGGCCCUUGAAAAAAAUGUAAUACUGUUCUUUUUCAGACCCAUCAAAUACUGGCAAUGAAUCCAUGUAUGCUAUGAUGAAAUCUGUCCCUGGUGGAAACAUGUCAGCAGUGAGUAUAAGAAACCCUUAGCUAUUAACUGAAGUAACUUGGAAUUUAGCACUUGCAGCGUAUAUAUGUAUAUAUAUCUUUUUUUUUGUCUCAAAUACCAACCACCAAGUAAGCAAUGUCUUAGAGUUUCUUUUCUUGACAGCCCAACAGAGAAUUAACCAAUGAUUUAUUUACCUUUUUCACAGUACAUGGGUGGUGGCCCAGAACCCACAUUACCCCUAGGGGGCCAGGAGCCCCCUCUUGUGAUGAAUGGUAAGGUUAUUUAAAGUACUGUCUGAAAAUGUUCAAAGAUGCAACUUGGCUUGUUUAUUUUAUUUCCUGGAAUAGAUGCCCACACUCUUAAGUGCCCUACUUUAUAUAAGUGCACCCCUCUGAAAUAAGGGCCCCCUCAUUCAUCACUUUCUUUAUGGUAGGGAUACAUGGAAAACCUGUUUCUAUUACCACUUUAUUUAAAACUUUUAAAGCUUCAACUGCAGAAGAAUUGAUGCAAAAGAAUAGUGUACAUCCUUUUCGAUUAAACACCCUCCUUCUAUCCAAAAAUUUCAAUAAGCUCACGAGCACUUACUUGAGGAAAUCUGGUAUUUUUUACCUUUUCUGUUCAGAAUAACAGGUGCCGAUUUUCUCAUUGACCAAGUUUCUUGACAAAGUAUAUAUUCAACUUGAGGAAAUUAAUUGUAAAACAUUGUCUUGAAAAAGAGAACUAGAAAUUAGCUCUAUGAGGAUUCCCCAAAUGUAAAAGAUCACAAAGAUUUAGCUUUGCAUGAUACAGAAUUAAUUAAAAAGGACAUUUAAAAAUAUGCUUAAGUAUAUAAAAUCAUUUAAAAUAGUGUUGCAUACUCGCAAAACUGCCGUUUGAUAACUUUUCCUUGAUGCUAGGAAUAUCUAGUCAUCACCUUUUCUAUUUUAAUGCUUCAAAGUUCAAUUUGCUGUAAAAAUGAUGAAAUAGGGAUCUCGGUAAAGUCAUUGCUAACAUUAAGUCCCAUGCAAGUAUUGAAUAGAAUUUUGAUAAUUUCUGUAACAGAUUCAAACCCUGAUAUGGACGGUCUCCCAAAGGUAACAUCAGUACUUUUAGUGUCUAAGAGUUAAGGUAUAUUUAUGUAGUAAGAAAGUGGAAGGAGAGGCCUGGGUUUUAGUCAGGCGACUGUGCUGCGUGUAUGUUGCAGUAAGGAGAUACUUUAAAAGGAUAAACGUACAAUUUCUAGUUAGGUGUAGUAAUAAAUAAUGUUUGUAAGUUGUUUACCAAAAGCCAGAAAGUUAAACAAUAGGACCUUGUCAGAUAAAGCUGAUAUGACUGGCCGGGUAUGCUCAUGCAAUGACAUUAUAAAUUUGGCAGAUGAAAGGACAUUGAGGGGGGUUGUAGUUUUAUCAGAUGUGUCUAGCACUGUCAAUUUGAAGAGUUCCUCUUCCAAAACUUGCUCUGUUGGAAGAUAAAUUCUACCAGCUCUUAAGAGACAUAAUCUUGUCUUUCACUGAAAUUACUCGCAAGUCAUCAGCCAUGAAAGAUCAUUCUGCCGCAUCCUCUCCCUACCCCUCCCCUAAUGAUUUUUACUUUUGUCUCUUGUGUUUCUGCAUCAUUUGCAGGAUAACCAGAAUGACCACAACCCCGGUACCCCUGGGGAAGGCGAUAACCAGUUUAGCAAUUUACUGCCUUUUUCACAAGACAAUGUAAGUGACAUGUUGUUUCUCGUUCUCUAUUUUUGCAAUUUGAAAAAAAUUAGUUAAUAGUUUUCUUGCGACACUUCCAAAGGUGGCUUUUUGUUUUUUCUGGUUUUGCUUGCAAAUACCAAGAAUAACAAAGAAUAACGUCAUCAAAAAGUGAUCAAAAACAAGUUUGUUAACAUGUCCAUUUAUCCGCAACCGGGGACCUUUCAAGAGACUUGAAGCAACCUGAUUAACUUUGCAAACGAAAUUCCAGAUCUUCACUGUUUUUUUUCUUCUUUCCUAUAUGGAGAAGAUGACUUGUGUAGGAAGCUACCUCUCUUCGGUUCCCUUUGCUUUCAUUGCUGCUCUCAAUCCUCUGGAAGGUCAAAUUUCUAGCAAAUUAUUUUCAUUUGUGUGAACAACCAUUCUUGUGGUAAUUCGUUGGGUUAAUUUCUUCAGCUUCUUUUGGUAAUCUGGACUUGAAUAUAUAAAAUGGUGUAUAAAGUUUUCAAGAAUCAAGAUCGAUUGUGAGAAAUUAUUUUAAGAUGCUGAAGACUUGAAUUUGAUUGAAAACAUUUAUAGGGCAUUACUUGAAAUAUAUGAUUAAUGUGAGUGUUGAGUGCUUUUUUAAAGCGUAACUUAAAAAUUAAAACUUUUCUUUGUCGUAAGAAGCGAGAUUAACUAACCACCAAACAUAAAUUUCAUCACAUGUGACCAUCCGUGAGAUAAACCUCGGCAGAUGUUUAUGAGUUUGCUUAGGCUUCAAAUGCAGAAUUCUUCGUUCUUUGAGUCAGGUCUUGCCUCAUUUUAAGUAAACUAAGAAAUCCGUGUACUAAUUGCAAAGGACAUGUAAUGCUGGUAGAAAUCAAAUUAUAAGUUCUAAAACUUGCAAGUUCGAUUCUUUGUUUUUAAAAAAUGUCAGCUACACUUCUACAAAGGCAUCCAGAUCUCAAGAGUUGUAAAAUUUUGAUGGGAUCUGUAAACUUAUGAUAAUAACAGUAAUAAUGAUAGUAAUAACGAUAAUGAUAAUAAUACCAGUACUAAUACUAAUAAUAAUAGCGAUAAUGAUAAUUAUAAUUAUAAUAAUAGUAAUACUGAUAAUAAUAAUUAUGAUAAUAAUAAUAAUCGUAAUAAUAAUAUCUCAAGAGCGUCAGCCGACUCGCCAUGGCGGUUUUGAGUGGGGUUCUUAUUUUUAACGUUCUCAUCAAAUGCAGUAGCUUAAGGAAAAUAAUAUAUAUUUAUUUUGCAUCUACUUUGUUCUUUGAUAUCCUUUUUGACGCUUUUUCUUCAUGAACUUUUAAAUCUAUAGACACGCGUCAUAUUAAAUUGUGUGUGACAUAGAGUUUCGGUGGACAUGCAAAUGAAACUAGAAUUUCUGCGCAUGCUGAAAGUAAGCGAAUGUUGAUCGCAGACGCACUUUGCCCAACUGAAAAAUGUGAAUGUCGUUCUUAUCCAGCCAUACUCUGUAUAACAUUCUUUUGUCUUUUUUUUUUUCCUAUUCUUAUCACUUCUGUAGCUUGCAGAAACAACCAUAGGUCAUGUGACACCAUAACCACUUCGUAAAAAACUUUUCAUUCAUACGUUCAUGCCAUUCUUUCACCGUCAAAACGCUCGGUUACUUUACGCAUGCCUGGAGAACUCGGCGGAUUAUCCCGAGUCCCCACUUCUCGUGGUCAGCAGUAGUGAUACUGUUGGCCAGACGGGCGGAAAGGAGGCACUAAUGAACAAGGUUCCCCGUGAAAGGGUCGAUUGUAAUACUUUAUAAUUCUUAUUUGUUGCAGACAUUUCCAAGUUAGAGUGAACGUUAACAGGCUUUUAAAAAGUGAGUUGAAUUAUUUUUGCUUAGGAACUGGUAAACUUUGCAUAAACAGAACAUGAUUUGCUAAAGAAUGCAUGUUUAUUGUGGUUAGAGGUACCACGUGACUUAUGGUUGACAAAAAAAAAAAAAAGGUCAUCGAUAUAUGUAACUUGUUGUUUGUACCCAACUUGCACUUUAGGCGUGGUUUUCGGUUUAGGAAGCAACAUGGCUUUAGGCCAUACUUCGUCUUGGCACCUGAAGUUUUUCCCAGCCUCAUUGUGUGAAAAAUUUGGCGUUAACAAGUAAUUGGGCGAUAGUUAUGCAAUCGUAGCUUCGGGAGAACUCCUUCGAGAAAUACGACGGGAAUACACAAUUCCCAAAAAUACUCCCUAUUUGAAUUAUGAAAGCAAGUCGAGGAGUGAUUCGAUGAAGUUCCGACUAAUCUCCGACAAAUUCUGAGUUGGUUUUUCCAUCGGGAAUAAGAGCGCAGAGCGUAGAAAUUUGUUUGAAAGUCUAACGCUUAAAACGUUUGGUCUCGCAUUUUCUUCUGUGGAGUUUGUUUGUUUGUUUGUUUUUUUGUUUGUUUCACUCUUUAAGAAGUGAGAAUACCUCGGUCGUUACGUGCUGAAGAUUUUUUUAGAUUGGUUCUCAAAGAUCGGAGACUCUUCGGGUGCAGUCUUGCGCGCUAUGCUCGCUGGUGCAGCUGCGUGCAUUCACGUGAUCACGUUUGCACACGUUUGUUACAGUAAUUCACCUAAAGGAUGAUAGAUUGCAAGAAGUUUUUUUUGUUGUUGUUUUGUUUUGUUUUGUUUUUUUAGUUUAGAUGCGUGCAUACAAAAUGUUUAACUUUCCCAAGUUUUGAAAAAUGCUACGCAUGUAGACAACUAGUCUGAUCUCAUUUUAUUUGACGAACAGUUGAUAAUGGACCUUGUAAUUUCUUUCCAGGAUCACUGCGAAUCUGUAGCGAUAUUAAAGAUCAAAGAAACCAUGCAAGAGGAAGCCAGAAGAUUUGAAACGACUGACGGAACAACAGAUCAUCAGGGAGACUACUUCAUGCAAUAAUGGUCAGACAAUUACUGUCUUUGUAUAUUUCGUCUGUCAUAAUCAAAGGAUUUGUAGCAAACAGCAGUUCUUCCUCAGCGGAGGUAUGGACUCCAGUGUUAGGAACGAAUCUAAUAGUUGGAGAAACCUCCCGUGUACGAACAACCCGUUUUUCUUGCGCUCUGCGGUUCAACGCGGUGAAGUAUGCGUGAAACUUCAGGGCUUGAGGCAAAAGGGGCCAUAAAUAGCCUGAGUUAACAACUGUCUGUGUUUUCAUGCCCUUUCCUUUCUCGCAAAUGAGUAGAAAUAUUCGGCGAAAAAAAAGUUUAUUUCUAAUGACGUAGUUUAAGUUAACUUCUAACGUUUUUGCCGAUUGGCUUAAGUGCAGAUUUAUUUGCUUUUGGCGCGCGCACACGCGUAGCUUAAGAUCAUGAUCAAGUAACAUCGAACUUUUGAUGGAUGUUGAGAGGAGAUAACGUGGAGGAAAUAAAGAUAGGCGCUUGUUAACUCAGACUAAACCUAGAAUAGAUUGUCUUUAAAUAAGGUUAUAUUAUAUAGAAAGGGAAAUAUGUUUGUAUAGUUCUUUUUCCUUACGUUGUGUGUAAGAUACUUGGAUAUUUCUUGGGACAUCUUUAACUCUAAUAUCACAAUUUUACCCGGCUAUUUGUGAGUGAUGUUUUGAACGGCUUCCACCCUCUUUUAACUCGGAGUUUUUUCACUUAAGGUAUACUUUUCACCCAAGCGGGCGGGAUUCAACAAAAUAACGUCUUUGCAUUGCUUUUAAAUAAUGUUCACUGCAGAUAGUUGAGCUAUUUGGCGCAGAUUUUGGGAUGAAUCGGGCGAUUAUGAAAGAAUUUCCGUUCCCUGAAAAAAAAAGCAUUGUUACCAACAGCAUUUGACUGUUAAGAACAGAAGCAAACAUUUUGUUUCACGGAGUAAUGCCAACCAACUUCGUUCUCAGGUUCUCUCGCCAAGCAAGGAAGAGAGACCAUGGGAACUAAGUUAAUCACGCUCGACCUUUGAAUUUUAAGGGAAAAAAUACGCACUUUUUCCUUGAGAUCUAUACAAUGUGCUCUUCGGCUUUAGGAAAGACACUGCGCAUCUGAGUGAUGUAUCUUUUUCUCCCGUAAGUUGAAUCUCAAAUAAGGAAGAAUUCUGUCGUCCGAACAAAAACGCGUGUAAAUUCGCCAAUAUCCGCUCAAGAAAUACGAAUACUCGUAUUACCAUUGACAUUAUCAUAUCAUCAUUUACUCAGCUGCUUUUGGACUUAAUAUUUUUUGCCUGGACGUGUUCUCUCAAGGAGAAGCCGUCUUAAACCAUUAUUUAACACACAAGAAGUUUCCAGAAUCGCUACUAAAUUAGAAGUUUUGCAACUUCGCUGUCUUUUUUUAAAAUUCACUUUGACGGAUCAAAUCCGGUCUACAAGGUAUGAAAAUAAUUCCAAUGACACUGGUUCACGAGGAACUCUGAUUGAGCGUGACUUUUUGCCGCUCGUGCAAGAUGAGACCACGAGGUAACCGUUGCUUUCUUUCAAAGUGGCAGUCAAAUAUAGGUGCGACUUAUUAAUUCCGACUCGGGUUUGUUUCCUGGGGCUUCAACUGCAAUUUGAAAACAAAGACUCGUCGUUUUAACUUUGAAAUGCCUGAAGCUCUUUAGAAUUCAUGACUGCGCUUUGAAAAGGAAGCUUUGGCUGCUUCUCGCGUAGCUUGGAUCGCAUUUAUGCCAAUUCCGCCUCAGGAGUGCCUUGGCUUUUUUGUAAGGGAUAUAGUUGAGAUCACUGUCAGUAUUUGAGUAACUGGGAACCUACCCUGCGCACCUACCCCUCCCCUAACGCAGUUAAAGUUGACUGAUAGCAAUUUAGGGUUAAUGUUGGGUUAGGGGAGGGGUGGGGGAGCAGUUGCACAGAUACUGACAACGAUCCUGUAGUUGCUCAUAUUUAAGCUGUACUUGGGUAGAAUGUAGCAGUUUGUGAAACAGACUCUAGCUUACUAGUGCCAGAACCUAGCUAGUCCAUUUUUAUUCAUUUUAAGAUAUAUUUAAACAUUUCAUAACGCGAUGCGGCAUCAAGAGCGACACUUUGUUGGCGUCACGCAAGGCUACCUAGGUUGCGUGACAUUCGUUUUGCUGGAAUGAGUUCUAGUGACUUAGCUUUUCUCUUAGCGGUUAAGGAAAUUGAAGAAUCAUGCACGCUUCAUUUUCGCCCAACAAACAUUUAGUAACUAGUUAAUUUAAAAUUUUCUUUGGAAAAAAAACGUUUUGGGGGGUUUUCAAUUGAGCUACAACCGUGAUUGAUACUAAUGAAAACGCAAGAAAAAGGAUUUGAUUGAUACACGAUAAUUUGAAAGGAUCGAAUUUGAAGAACCAACAAAUUUAGCUUCUGUAGUAGUAUUCAUAUAUAUAUAUAUAUAUAUAUUAUAAAUAUUUAGGAGCCGUCGUAAGCCUUCUGACUCUUGAAUGCCCUGAUAAAUAUCUGUAUAAAUGACCUAUGCCCUAUAACUAAUGUUUCUGAUUAAGUACGCUCAUACAGUUUGUGAUCAUGUUGAUAUUAAAGAAAUGGACAUUUAAUUUUAGAAGGAUUUUAGAGACAAAAGAUUUCCCUUCCUGAAUUGGCUGACAGAGCAUGCACACACCGUUUUAAAAAAAAAACAAGUUACUUGAAUUCCCAUGAACGCGAAACGGCCAG